GCCUCUACCAGGCCACCAAUUUCUUAAAGAAAUCCCUCUUCUGAGUCUUCCAGCAAACUUUAAUGGAAGAUUACAGCAGAUCAAGAUCAUAUGGUAAUGGGAUGAUGCAGCUGGAAACCUACCAGGAGGCACCGCCACCAAGGCCAGGUUCCUAUGAGCUCAGGCCCUAUAGUGUUUCCUAUGCACAAUCCCAGAUGGCGGCUAAUAACUACAAUAAUAUGGGAAACAACAGCAACAGGGACUUGAAGUUGAAGAAAGUGAAGAGCACUUCUGGUUCAUCUUCUUCGAAAUCAUGGAGCUUUGCUGCUGGCCCUGAGUUCCAAAGGAAGAAAAGGGUUGCUAGCUACAAGAUGUAUAGCGUUGAAGGUAAGGUCGAAGGGUCCUUGAGGAGGAGCUUUAGGUGGCUUAAAGAUAAGUACACACAAGUUGUCUAUGGUUGGUGGUAAUUGUUGCAGUUUGGUUGAAUCCUUUUCUUUUAUAUGUUUUAUCUUGCUUGUAUCCAAGGUAUUUGUUGGGGGGGGGGGGACAAAGUUUCAGUUUUAAAGGAGGAUUUUUUUUGUUGAUGAUUGAUGUGGUUGACCACAUGUCGACUAACUUGAUUGUAAGUUUGGUUAAUUCUGCUGUAUUACCCGAGAGAAAAAAAUAAACUUUUCUAGGUGUA